AUGGGCAGUGGGCGUCGAGUGCCGGGCGACGCUGCCGGGCGGCGGCGGAGGGCAGCGGACAGGCCGAAGAGAAAGAGUACAACGCGCGUGCAAGAGUCGGAUGACAUGCGACGCUCAGCGAGCUGCCAGCAGCGGCUAACAGGCGCCGAAGUUGAUCGACUGUACGGAGAUCGACUGUACGGAGAUCGACUGUACGGAGAUCGACUGUACGGAGAUCGACUGUACGGUGAUCGACUGUACGGUGAUCGACUGUACGGUGAUCGACUGUACGGUGAUCGACUGUACGGUGAUAGACUGUACGGAGAUCGACUGUACGGAGAUCGACUGUACGGAGUAUACAUGGUCAAAGUUCAAAGAGUGACGGUGGCUGUGACAGUAAUGGAGACAUUUCUGAGGAACAAAAUUGUGAUGGAUGAUGAAAUCAAAGAUUCUUAUUGUGAUAUAGAUUCUAGUGAAGAAGUAGAAUGUAUAUCCAGUAUCAUCCAGGACGUAGGAAAAGCAGCAGAGAAUGCUAGGAACCCAUAUUGCAAGAGGGGUGUUGGGAGUUGGAAGCGUAGUUGCGCGCCGCAGCACGCGCUGCUGGGCAAGACGCGGCGGCCGCGCACGGCCUUCACGUCGCAGCAGCUGCUGGAGCUGGAGAAGCAGUUCCGCCACAACAAGUACCUCUCGCGGCCCAAGCGCUUCGAGGUCGCCACGUCACUCAUGCUCACCGAGACGCAGAAUUGUUAUGACAAUGAUUUCCAGUGA